GAUCAAGUCUGGACACUCCUGCUAUUCAUCAACAGAUCUGGGAUUAAAGUAAGCAGGAAGGAGCUGAGGCAAAAUUAGUGCUGACCAAAACUGCAACCAAAGGCAUCCGCGGGAACGUUUUCUUUGACUGACCAUCGGGGCAAGUUGACCCGAAGCACGUGACAGCGCGGGGUUUGUUGCUGUCACAGAUUUGUAAAGUGUAGCGCCGCGAGACAGAGCCGUCUGGAGCGCACACACCGAAAAGAUGGAGCUGUCGGCGGAAGGAGAGCGGGUUUUCGCCGCGGAGGCCAUCCUGAAGAGUCGCGUUAGGAAAGGGCGAAUCGAGUACCUGGUUAAAUGGAAAGGUUGGGCACUAAAACACAGCACAUGGGAACCAGAGGAGAACAUCUUGGAUGAUCGACUCAUCACGGCCUUUGAGCAAAAGGAGCGGGAGCAGGAACUUUACGGCCCAAAGAAACGUGGACCUAAACCAAAAAACUUUGUACUAAAGGCACGGGCACAGGCGGGUGAUAGACCUCGGAGCUCAAAUACCCAACGCACUCCACCUCGCACCACUGCGAAGCCUCCUGCCUCUUCCUCUGCUGCAAGUGCAGCUCCUCCUCAGCCUUCAUCAUCCUCUUCCUACAACACUGCUCCAACCCCCAGAGUGCACUCUCUCGCCGCUGCUCAUAAACUGAAGAAAGACAUCCAUCGUUGUCAUAGGAUGUCUCGGCGACCUUUGCCACGACCCGACCCCCUAGGCGACCCCACAGGAUCAACAUCGUCAUCCCGUCCUCCCAUCUCUCCGUUCUCUGAAACUGUCCGCAUUCUCAACCGCAGGGUCAAACCACGGGAGGUUAAGCGAGGACGCAUAAUCGUGAAUCUGAAGGUCAUUGACAAAUCUGAAAACAGUGGAGUAGCAAGUAGAAAGACACCGCAGUCGUUCAUGGGGCGGGCGAAAAUCCCAUCCCGGAAUCGCAUCAUUGGGAAAAAGCAUGGGGACAUGCCUUACAGGCCUUUCCAGCAUCCUAUGAAGAUGUUAGGCUUCCCGAUGUAUGGCCAACCAUUUGGGCUUAACCCCUGUGGGUCAAUGUCCUCCAUGGCCAAUGACGGAUCCAACACCGUAGUCAAUCAGAGAGGUGGAGGUUGCUGUGAUAGCCAUUCCUCUGCAAAUGCGCAGAAGUUUCAAUAUCAGCCUCCACCUUCUCCAACCAGCUCCAGUGGGUCUAUCAACAUCACCCCUUCACUUCAGAAACAAGCGACUCAACCUGAAGCUCCAACUAAAUUGGACUCUGCAGCCUCAUCACGUUCCCGAGAUGCCUCCCAACCUCACCCAAAGUCCAGCUCUGCUCCAUUCCUCCCUUCCUCCCCCUCCUAUUCGUCCUCCCCGUCAUCCUCUCUUGAAGACGAAGACCAGGGCUCUCCGAAUCUCACCACUUCUCGGGGCGGAAAACGGAAACUCCGACAUCGAACCCAGGUGGGUCGAGCUUCGGUCUGUCAGUGAUCCUGUCUUUCCACAGCCUCCCCCCCCCAAGUAAUUGCACCUUGUCUUGUCACCUCCAGUCCUGUAGAGACCGCCAUUCCCAUAUCUCCAGACCUAAAGCUCAGAAUCUACCCAAGAAAUGUUGUUCUCAACAGCUUUCUUGGACUCGAGAUGUUCCACCAAGACAUUUUUAAUCUUUUGAUGUCCUGAAAAUCUCUGAUUUUCAUUGGGAUACUGAACACAUGAUGCUUUGGAAGUUCAGCCAGUGUGGGUGAAGAUCCGCACACGCACUUGAUAGAUAACACUUGAUGUGGCAAUAUGCCCAUUUAGGCAUCCAACCCAUGCAUUGAUCUCACCAACCUUCUCCCGUGCUAACGAAGAACCCAAGUCAUUGUGAAGCUCGCUGUAUCACACAGGCAUAGACGUGACUCUAUUUAUAUGCACCAAGCUGCAAAAUCCUGAGGACAGUUAAGUUAUUUCCUUCUGCUUGAACUCCGCUCCGAUCCAGUUGUCUGCUGAGACUCUAAACCGACUCAAGUGUGAAUGCUGAGGACUGCAUCUGUAGUAUGGUACUGUACAUUAAACCUUCCACAUACUCAACUGCCCACUUGGAGAAGUACCUUCUUAUACUUGCCUUCUGACUACAAUAGUUUGUGUUUCAUGUUAUAGUUACUGUAUUUUUGGGGCUGAUUACCAGAGGUAGUUUCUCUCAGAACUUGAUUGGAGGAGUUCAAAUACCAUUUAGAGACUUUCACACUAAGUGGGUAUCAAAAAUACCAAAUAUAACACAUUGCCUUGGUUGAUGAAACCCUCUUUCGCACUCUCUAAUGACACAGUCCGGGACCACGUGUGUUAUGUUGGUGACUGCAUGUUUUUGGCCCUUGAGCUCAUCCUGUGUUGUCUGCAGGUCCAACUGGGCGCUAGCAUUGACAAUAUAGACCUGGGAUAAAGUUAGCUUGUUUAGUUAGUAGAUGCUAGGGAUGUGGCAGUACUUAUAUUUUGGAAUUGGUCCAAUACUGGGUACUCAUAAAAGUGCUCCUAUCUAUCUAUCUAUCUAUCUAUCUAUCUAUCUAUCUAUCUAUCUAUCUAUCUAUCUAUCUAUCUAUCUAUCUAUCUAUCUAUCUAUCUAUCUAUAUCUAUCUAUCUAUCUAUCUAUCAGGAGAUAUUGGUAUUCACAUUAUUUAAACAAAAGUGGUUUCUUUGCAUCCCUAGUAGAUACACCACUUGCUGUCAGUUGUAGUUAAACAUUAAAAGAAUAGUUCAUCCAAAAAUGUACAUUCUGUUUUAGAAUUUUCAUUCAUUUACUCACCAUCAUGUUGUUCCAAACCUGUACGAUUUGUGGUAUGUUUGCCAGAAUGUUCCAUACUAUGAAUGUGGAUGGGGACUGGAGGCUGUAAAUCUCUAAAAAAGAAAAAUGACUUGUGCACUGUAUUCCAAGAGGUAUAAAGCCAUUCUAUUGCUUCCUGUGAGGAAUGGGCUGAAAAAAGUUGGCUUGAAAGCCUUGGCCACCAUUCACUUUCAUUGUAGGGAAAAAGAACAGCUUGGACAUUCUGACAAAUAACUCCUUUUAUGUUUUACUGAAGAAAUGAUUCAGAAUGCAUGAAGGUGGGUACAUGACGACAGUUUUCCAUGAACACCAUUUAAUAUUUAACAUUUUACUGAAAGCUAAAUGUUUUAGUUGCUGCAUGGUGUAAUUUUAUUAUUUUAGAAUUUAUUAAAAAGAAGUUGUGGGACGCUUUCCGCUUAGGCUUUUUUGGGCAGUCCAGCAAGCAAUAUUAUAACCUGCCACAUCAGGCCUGAAGAAACAGGCUAACACACAGUUUAUGGCAGCUAACCUGGUUGUACUGAAGGAUGAUAAAAUGUCAGACUCCACCGGAGGACAAACCUCAUUAUAAGAUUUAAUUAUAGAACGCAAUUAAGUUCCACUUGUAGUCAUACAGUUGUCCUCUAAUGGAGCAUUAUUACUCUAUCACUGUGCCUUUAGGGAGAAAUUAAAACCUUACAACAUUUUUUAUGAUUUUUUUUUUUAACUUUUCCCCAAAUUAUUUACAAAUAUUAACAAUUUAACAAUUUUCAAAUAUUUUCAUAUUUUUAGCAUGUGUAUGUGUGUAUAUUAUAACUUUUUCUUUUAAUAACUUUUUAGUGUACAGACUUUCAAACAUUAAUGUGAACCUAUCUACUCUAACGCUUAUUUUCUUUUUGAAAAGUUCUUUAAAAGCUUUUUUGUCUAUCAUAGUCACGUUUAUCCCAGGUCUGAAAUAAUUCAUUUUCUGAACAUAUCCCUGGUGCUGCCCCACGUAGGGCGCCACGUGUGGUACAUCUGUACAGUAACUAAUACUGAAACAUGUGUUGCCUUUAGCUGCUCUGUUGGAUCCCAUGUUGUUGUUACCUUUGCCUACAGUACAAAUUGUUCCACAUACAAACAGUCAAGUCCUUGUUUACCUUUAUGUCCUUAAUGUUAGAAAAAAUAGAUGUCACUAUGGUUUGAAACAAUGCAAGAUGGUUUCUCCUAAAGAGGUAGCUUAGCACUAUGAAAAUAUGUGGCCUACAUUUCAUGCAAUAGGGCUUGUAUUUUAAAGGAUGUAGCCACCAGGGACCGUCACUGCACAGACAACAAGAGAUUGUUUAUAAGGUAAGGAUGAAGGUAUACUGGAGGUUACUUCCUCAAAUUUCAGUGUCUGAUGUGUUUUUUGUUCAUUUCAAGAUGAUUUAUUAAUUUUACCGUGCCGUAGAAAUGAAUGAAACGUGUUGCCUUUAUUUUAUAGCCAUUGUUGUUCACUUUUAUUAGUCUACUUUCAGUUGGGAAGAAUGUAGAACCCAAAAAACAGAACUAAGUGUGAUUUAUAGGAGUCAUUUAUUUGGUAAUGUGUAAGGUUAAUGCCAUUGAUGAAGCUGAUUAUGAUAAUGAACUUGAUGCUAUGACAUUGUAAUGUAGUGGGUGCAUGAUUUGAGAACCCUAAUUGUACAGGUCAUUUAAAUGUCAUAAUGUGUUUGUUGCUUUGUGUGUUUCCUGAAAGAGGCUUUUAAUAAAAUCACUUUAAAGACA